AUGGAUCUCUACCUCCCUCGUCUCUCACCAUCAGACGCUAACUCCACAGGCGACUACUGCGAUGUCUACCUCACCCACGACUCCAUGUCCGUCCGAAAAGCCCAUAACAGCGGUCGAAAUCACGAGCGGAACGUGCUAGACUACUAUCAACAAAUCGGCCACGAAAAAGCUCAGUCGGUCAUCGACUCCAUCACAUCCUCAUACGCCGCCGAAGGCCAAGCGGGCGCAAAUCCCAUGCUCGCACCGCAAGGCGGUCCACCCAUGGGCGGGCAGGGCUUUCCUCCCCCGCCGUUUGGUUUCCCCGGUACGCCGCCCCAUUCCCGAGCCGUUGCCAAAAUCCCGCGGACGACGUGUGCUAACAGACCGCCUUCCCUCUUCACAGCCGGAAUGCCCCCGCCGCCCUUCAUGCCCGGCCCCGGCGGUCCCGGCGCCCCUCCGCCCGGCUUCGUGCCCCCGCCGGGCGGUCGCGGCAUGCCUCCUUUCCCCCCUUUCCCGCCCGCCGCUUCGCCGAGCGGUAAUGGACCCCCGAUGCCCGGGAUGCCCGGUGGGUUGCCGUUCCCACCGCCUGGAGGCAUGCCGCCGAACUUCCAGGGGUUCCCGCCCCCGAUGGGGGGACCGGGGCAGGGGAUGAGUCCGCCGCAGGGCGGGUUCCCGCCGCCGCAGGGUAUGCCGCCGUUUCAGGGUGGGAGGUAG